GUGAUUAACUAUGGCGGACGAACUGGCCGUGCAUAAAUAGGAGUUUAUAUGAACGUAGGAAACACUUUAGUUGUCCCAAGAGUGCAUUUUCUCGCUGAAUAAUGAAGUCAAGUUUGAAAGGGAUCUAUUCCAAGCUAAAAGACUCCACAGUUGUUUGGGAUGAGAAGUUGUUACUAGCAAAGAAUGCUUGGGAUUCUGUUGACUGUGUGAUUCCAAACAAACAGAAAGUUCUUCUUGACUGGACUGUGCAAGAAAUUCUUAACGGAUACAAAAAAGGAGUACAAGAAGGCAAUAAUGAUGUGUUAAAUGGUUUGUGGGAAUUGCUGCUUCAUGCUUUAAAGAGCAAAGACCUUUUUGCUGAAUCAAAACAUUCCAUUACCCUCAAACCACAACUUAUACAGGUUUGUAAAUAAUACACAUCUUAGUUG